CUUGAUUAUGAAUACGAAUAUGACUUAUGUCAUGAGAACAAAGUCAAAGAUGAAAACAUCCCUAGCAUGCCUUUUUGUCGACAUGUCACCACUGGCACUAGCUUUUUGUAGAGUGAGACUGCAGUGUAGCUAACAUAUUCACCAUCGUUGCGUGCUGUGCUGGUCUAGUCUGCGAACUAAUACUUCGAUAGAAAAUUAUUUUUGUAGUCUGAUGAAAGAGUAAUCUUAGCACUUGUCUAGCAGUUCAACGCGGGCCGGAUAGAAUGGCUUCCGCUGAGGUGGCUUCUGGCGUCUUUCCCGAGCUAAGAAAGAAAGCCUUGCAGGAUUUGCUAGAGUUCGUCAAAAACGCAGUUAGCAGCCAAGAAGACACAAGCAAAACUGUUGAUCUAGAGCAAGAUGAGCGGCAUACUUGGCAUGCUCAGUUCACGGAUUACUUCAUUGUUCAGGAUAGAGGUGAAGACUGUGACGACUUACUCUUCUACGUCAAGUCAGAUGCUGGUGCCAACGGCACGGCUCAGCGGAAACGGGCCAACCAGAAGCCAGCGGAAGACAAUCCAGUGGAUAUUGUUGUGUGUCGAAAGGAUUUCAAGAGCUUGCCGACCGUGAGUGACGCGCUAGUGCGGUGGAAUGAAACGAUGUACCUCAAUCUCAUAAUGCAAGAGUUUGACUACACUCUAACCGUUGGAGUGUGCAGCGCCGACUCUAAACCCAUGCAGCCAUUGGACGUGUUUGCACUGAAAUCUCAGAGAGUGUACGCCACGCCGAGCCUACAACGAAUGGACAAGAAAGGCCAAACGAGCACAAUGACGUAUCCGUUACUCUACUUCACCAUUGACAACUUUGAAGAAGUGUUCAAUGACGUUGCCGUGCAGGACAAUCAGAAAGUUGUCGUCCAGCUGACUGCAUUCAAAGCGGCGUAUGACGCACUUGCGGUUCUGUUCCUUGGCUCGGUGAAGUACACUGCCCUGAAGCGCGUGUUCGACGCUAAAGCCAGUACUGCCAGCAAGCUCGUUUCCAAGGCAUCGCUUGGCCUGUGGUCGGGAAGUCAGAAACGGACGGAGUUCGUCUCGAUGCGCGGGCCACGCGGUCAGGGCAGAGCUCAAAUGGCCGUCAGCCUGAACUAUGUUGCAGCACCACCACCACCGGCACAGGCAAGUAGCUCUGGUGGGGCAGCCACAUCGACAGCGUCGUCGUUUGGCUGGUUGCGUGGCAAAACGGCGAAACCGACUGGCGCUGUGUCCGGUGCGACGAUCUCCUAUCAUAAAAGAUCUGGCAGCGGCGCAUCAGCUGGUACCAGCGACGGUACUGAGACUCCUUCUGACACCACACAGGAAUCGCCUUCUAUAUCAUCCACAAGUUCAUCCAGUAACACGAUGGGUAAUGGAUGUGCAUCUGACAGCACACUUGCCAAUGGUAACUGGGAAGUGAUCAAUGAGGAGGAUCAUGCUGGCUUUGAUGCGUCGAGUGCUGGUGAGGAGCCGAGUAUUGAUAUUCACACACAGUCACCAGGCGGUGCGGAGACUGACGGUGGCGCUGGUGUUGCAUCGCGCACUCUGGGUUGGUUCAUGUCACCUGUCAGCGCUGUGUCCAAGAAGCUCCAGGAUCGUGGCAGUAGUAGUGCUUGCGAGAUGACGAGUCGCUUGACGUACGUCAUGCUGCCAUGGCAUUCCAUAUUGGACGAAAUCAUCCGCCCUGUCCGUGUUCCGGCCUUGCCAUUCCACCUGGACAGUUAGAAGUGGCGUUUGCCAAUGUCGACGUUUCCUUGCGAGCACACCCCCGCUCAGUGUGUUGGUACCUGUUCACGCGACCCGUGCAGUGCCUGUGCAGUGUUGCUACUUGGUGGGUUGCCUGCCAGAGUGUAGAGCACCCUGGUGCCGUGUUUCUGUACACUGUCGUCACGCCGUCUCUUGAUUUGGUCCUCCGAGGACUGGAUUGGUAUUGCUGAUCGGCUGGUCCGUCUCUGCUGCAGCCUUGCUGGCAAGGUGCUUUGUGCGUAUCAGUGUGUUGUCCAUGCCCCCAGCAUUGCAUCAUAUGCCGUGCUAGGUUUGAUUACUACUAGCGACAAGGCUUCUUGCAGCUGCCGAGAAGGCCCGUGUGGAAAGAGUUGGUUGGUCUGCUGUGACCAACUGUGCCCUGCUCAAUUCUGUUUGUUCCUACAAUAGGCUGUCUUAGUCUGCUCAACUCUCUACUUGUCCUGCUGUCCCCCUCUUCCCCAUCCCCUUUACCAGCGCUCGCCGAAUAAAACAAUUGCAUUUUAAUAGCUUCUGCCAUGAAAUGGAAAAUGUCAUGCUAUCACCCUCAGCUUUGCAAGCUGCGGUAUGAACUCGUAGAGAUGCCUAUUAUGGCAUGCAACCGGAAUUAUAGUGCAUAUAAUAUGUGUGUGUGUGUGUGCGUGUGUGUGUGUUGCACGUUUCCAUUUCAUCCCGAUAACUUAUCUCUAUGCAGCAUCCUUUUUUAUUCCUUUCGAAAAAAGUUGAUUUUAUUUAAAAAAUAUUAUCAACAGUCAUAAUUUCCUUUGACGUCCAUGGCGAGUCGAAUCCUGAAGCAAAUAAUACAUGCAGCUGUCUUGAUUAACAAUCUAGUUCGCACGCAUCUCGGCGUGUGCUUUCUUUCUUCAUGUUCAUAUCACUCGUAGUAUGUCUGUGAACAGUGUUCACUGAAUGUUCCUUUUAAUGACGUGACUCAGAUGAGAGCUCCAAACUUC